GUUUGAGGCAUCUUAGAAGAAACCGUUCCUAGCAGAUUUCAGUUGAAGCUGAGGUUUGAGGCAUCUUAGAAGCAAUCGUUCAUAGCAGAUUUCAGUUCAUCAAAAAUGGAGAAACAGAUUGCUGGUCAUGUCAUUGGUGUUCCUGUAAGCUCAGCAGCAUACACAUCUAGGAGGUCACCAAAAGGAUAUCUACUUGACACUGCUAGCCAAUAUCUUGCUCAGUGUCCUUCGUAUGCAUCUACAAAAUUGGGAAAGAGUAAAAGGGAUUCGGUGAUGGGUAGAAUGAACAAACUAGGCGAAAAAGUGGACAGUAUCGCAAAAAGCAUCCGUGAGCAUGUGAGAUUGGGGCCCAAAUUAACUGAAACAAUGAAGGGGAAGUUGAAGUUGGGAACAAGAAUCCUUCAAGUUGGUGGUGUGGAGAAAGUGUUCAAGCAGAAUUUUAGCGUUAGACCAGGAGAGGAGCUUCUCAAGGCUUCGCAAUGCUAUUUAUCAACAACAGCUGGUCCUAUAGCAGGCCUUCUCUUUAUCUCUACUGACAAGCUUGCCUUCAUCAGUGAAAGACCAAUCAAACUCUCUUCUCCAACAGGAGAGUUUCUAAAAGUCCAUUACAAGGUAGUGAUUCCUUUGAGAAAAAUUCAGAGAGUCUGCCAAAGUGAAAAUGUGAAAAAACCAUCGAGCAAGUACAUAGAAAUAGUUACUAUGGACAAUUUUGACUUCUGGUUUAUGGGAUUCUUGAAUUAUCACAAGACCUUCAAAUCUCUGCAACAGGCAGUCUGUGAAGCUCAAUGGAUACAAACAACUCUGUCAAAGUGAUUCGAGCAGGACAGUUUCUCCCCUUUGAUUCUAAGUGAAUGAGUUCUACUGUCACAAUCGGCACAUAUUUUGUAACGUAGGCUUCAUUUGCUUCAGUGUAAAAAGUAUAUAAAAAGGAAAUGAAAG